AUGAAAGAAACAGAGACAGCAGACAAGCAGAGAAACAGUAGACAGACACUAGACCGCCUGUCUUCCGGGUCAGGCUUGCUUCUGUUUCUUUUGUGUUUUAUCGCGCUAAUUCACCACCAACUCAGGAUACAAGAAAAUCAUCGUCUGAUAUUAGACUCGUCAGAGUUAUUUAACAAGCUGGAGACAGAAAUCUUUCGAAAAAUUCAGCAAAAUGAUAUGAGAUGGCGCAAUAAAGAGGAGGAACCGGGGAGUACAUGGCGAACGACUCAAGGUAACUUGGAAGCUAACCCAAAACGACCAAAACGCUCUUCACCUGAUGAUUCACAGCAAAAUUCAACCAUAACAUCUUCUGAUGUACAAAUGCUGGUCAAACAAGAACUACGUCUGCUGCAAAACCAAGUCUGUGCUAAAGAUUACACUUUUUGUCGCCCCGGACCUAAGGGAAGCCAAGGGAGGCGGGGUAAACAGGGUAGACAGGGAACCCGUGGGAAACGGGGCUCCCCAGGGAAACCUGGCCCAUAUGGACCCCCUGGUAAUCGUGGACCAGUAGGAGCUCAAGGACCGAAAGGAAUGAAGGGGGACAUCGGGAAACCGGGAGACCCCGGAACCCAGGGACCGUCAGGUCCGUCCGGUGUGAAAGGUACCAAAGGUGAGCCAGGCCAGUCGCUUUCAGCGCCAUCUCUAUCAGAGCGUCCUGUCGGAAUAACAGUCAAUGAAACUCAGACGGCCACGUUGAAAUGCACGGUUAAUGGUGACCCAAAGCCAUCAGUCACGUGGUACAAGAUGAAUUUGUCCCUUCCAGCUGGACGUCACCUGUUAGAGACCAGCGGCGCUCUAGUAGUGAAAAACGUGAAAGCUGAGGACGAUGGAGUUUACACCUGCAAAGCGCAAAAUCUGCUGGGACAAGUGAACGCCUCAGCGAAACUGACCGUUCAAAUCGCUCCUGAGAUCAUUUUGUCAUCUAACGAAGAGUUGGCUGAGGAAGAACAAAAUGUCACCAUCGGCUGCGGUGCUACUGGUCAGCCUCAGCCUAGAAUCACGUGGUCAAAGGCGUUUGGAACCUUGCCAAUGGAUAGAGCUGAAGUCAUUGAAGGAACACCAACAAUUUAUAGCGUGAAAAAGAAGGACAAAGGAACAUACAUCUGUAGGGCGGAGAAUAUUCUUGGAUCAGCAACAGGCACAUUUCACCUCAUGGUAUUUUCUCGUUUGAGGUUUAAAGUUCGACCCCCAAAAGAAAUGACUCCUAUGGCUGGCUCAACUGUUCACCUACCGUGUGUGGUCGAGAGUGACUUGAAAACUACAAUCACUUGGACGAAGCGUGGCAGUUCGUCCUUACCUGCAGGGUCCAAUGUUCUACAGAAUGGAACACUGGUAAUAAACAGCAUCAAGAAAUCACACGAAGGAUCUUACACUUGUAGUGCAGCUAAUGCUCUGACAACAGUAGAAAGCAAAGUAAAAGUUAUCAAUCCACGGAAUAUAACUUCUUGUUCUGUGAUUCGAAAAUAUGUCAGUAUUACAAGUGGAAAUUACGUCAUUGAUCCCGACGGUGGGGGUCCUCGUCCACCUUUUACAGUUUACUGUGAUAUGAGUGACAAGAAUGGAGUUGGCGUGACAGUUAUCAGUCACGACAGCGAAAGUAGAACACAUGUGAAGGGAUAUGAAAGCCCGGGCAGUUACUCACGUGAUAUUCAUUACACCGGAGCGAGUCUUUCUCAGCUGGCGAGUCUCACCAGAGUCUCAUCUCACUGCGAACAGUUUAUCAAGUAUGAGUGUUAUAAUUCUUUCAUGACAGGCGUAAGCUGGUGGGUAUCACGUGACUCCACUCAGAUGAAUUAUUGGGGCGGAGCAUCACCUGGCAGUGGUAAGUGUGCAUGCGGAAUGACCAACUCAUGCGCAAACUCCAAGCUUCCUUGUAACUGUGACAAAAAUGACAAUGUGUGGCGUGAAGACAGUGGUAUUCUCACGGAUAAGAAUCAUCUACCGGUUAGACAAAUGAGGUUUAGUGAUACAACCGGUUCUCCCGAGGAAGGAUAUCACACACUGGGAAAACUAAAGUGCUAUGGAAUCGCUUAAAAAAGUCAAUAUGCUGACUUUCAACAGCAUCAGAUAUAUAUAAUUCCGGAGAGCUUUUCAUUAGGACAUUUACCUCUAAUACUAUUUUACUUAAAGCUAGCUAUAAGGACUGAAACGGAAGACUCAAGGGCGAGUUAACGAACAAAACAGCGGUAGAAUUAACGCGAAAUUCAACUCUUGCCAAUUGCCCAGCCUCUUGCAGUUUGAAUAAUUGAUAGAAUUUCUCUCAUUUUUUAAUUAUAUGUAGAGAUAAAGAGUAGAUGCAUUACGUCCUCAACUUGAGUGGAGAACAUAUUCUCAUGAAAAAUUGCAGAACUUAACAAAGCGAUUAAUGGGCUUGAUGGUUUAUAAAUCCAUACGUGGCCUUGCUUCAGAAUUAGUAAAUCGAUCUGACACUUCCCCAUAGGCUUUCUGGGAUUCUUUAAGUAAAACUAGCUAUUCCAAUGCCUUGAACCAAUUAUCCUCGUGAAAUGUGUCGCUAUAGCAGUGUUGGAAUAGUCUCCACAAAAAUGUUAUGCAAGCAGAAUCUUUAGGUAAAAUGUGUUCAUAAUUAAAAGAAUGUCAUCCGUAGAGAACAGAUAUAUCAUUAGCAAGACAUUACAACAAUAUAAUGUAAAUCUAUACCCGAUUGUUAAAUACUGAAUUGAUUACAGCAACCCAAGCAAUGGUUUAUCAUCCCAGGCUGAGUAUUUUCAAAAGUGUAAGAACUUUCCUGUGUGUUUUUGUCAGACUGUAAUGGUCAAGUGUUUAUGGAUUGGAAUUAGAA